AUGGCUUCAUCGUUUUCCACAGCAACAGACGCCCCAUCACAGCCUUCAGCACCAAUCGCGGAAAUGGCACCACCUUCUCCUUCGUCCUCGCCAAAUCCAGCUAAACGAGGCACUGAAAUGGCGCCACCUCCACCAACUCAUAAACUCAAACCAACAAUGAGCAUCCCCAUACCGCCUCACACAACGGAAACCCUCUCUUCCGCUCCCUCGACAUCCUCCUCAACCUCAACAUCCACCUGGCCGAUCUCAACACCAACCUCUCGAACCCAUACCCCGCUCACCAGCGGCGUCAGCACACCAACUACAGAGCAAUCUCCUUCUCAUUCUCGCUUGCGACCCAUCCACCUCUGUCGACUCCCGCAAAGAGACAAGAAAGGAAACCUGUUAGAUGUUCUUGAGCGGACUUACCUUAAGCCAGAGGAAGAAGUUGAUAUUGAGGAAGCCUUACAAUGUCCACCUUUACCGGGCACGUUUAGGUAUGUGGUUGAGAGGGAGGUGAGAGGUGGGAAGAAGAAUGCGAAGGAGAUUUCUAGCGAGGACAAGAAAGCGGAGUUUGAGAGGGUGAAGAGGGAGUUGAGGGGUGGAUGA